UUCCUCAAAGAUUUCCGGGAUUUUCCAACAUCGCUCCUGGAGYCUCGGCACGGGAAGUCUCUACUGUAAUGAACAAACGUUCGACUCGCGUUUUCACGGCUAAGUUCGCUGGCGGAGACCAGCAGCAGGAGCACAAACUGAGAGCGGAUGGCAGAGAGGGCCUCGGUGGUCAGAUGAGGGAGGUCCAGGUCAUCGGGAUGGCAGAGGUUACUUGCCCGGCUGACCGAGCAUCGUUGCGGGUCAGUGUGAGCAGCAUCAAGGAGUCCGUCAACGAGGUGACCGAGAGCGUGACGCGGAGACUCGACUACAUUUUACAGGCUCUCAGACAACACUUUGUCACGGAUGCAGACACAUCAGUGAGGAGGUUUCUACAUCGUGAAGCCGACACGUACACUAUGGAUGUCGAGGUUGUGGUGACUUUCUCAAGUUUUGAGACGAUGGAGCAGAUAUGCAGCAUCCUGCUGGAAAAGCUGGAUAAGAGCGUCCACGUGGCUGCACCCCAGUUCUACCACAGCCCCGGAUGUUUGAGUCAAGCCAGGGAGCGUGCGUGUGAAUCUGCUGUUCAAAAUGCUCAAGAGAAGGCAUUUAAAAUCAUAGGUGUCCUGGGGAUAUAUAGUCUGGGGCUUCCCCUGCUGGUCAGAGAGGAGGAGACCAAAGAGUGGAGGAAUGAGGAGGACAACGGAGACAAGGAGCAGGGUUUACCUCUUCGCUUUCCCCACAUACCUACAGUCACUGUCUCAUCCCUUGUCUCCGUCUCCUACAGAGCUGAACCAUAGUAGUUUUUAUUUUUAUUUUAAUAAUCAAAAUAACAUAUGUAUAAAGGGUUAAAUGUGACAACAAUGGAUAAAUACAUACACCUUGAAAUAAAUAAAUGUUACAUUGUCCUAAUUAAGAGUUCAUUACUGCCUCUGAAAUCAGCUGUGUUCAAUUUUAAUAAAGAAAAAUUACAGAAAAAA